AUGAACACGAAAUCCAAUAAUGAUAAUAAAUCCAACAAAAGUAGGGACCAUACAUUUAUUGUGGAACCCAUUACAUUUAUAAUUGAAAAACAAGUUUACAGACUUGAUUCACAAUUGUGGUUUACAUGUUUUGGUUGCUUAAUUCUCCUCACCAUGAGUAAUACUUCUAGGGUUCCGAGGAAAUUAGCGCCAGGAUUUCACUUUCAACCUACAAAGCAAGAGCUAAUCCUGCAGUAUUUGCAAAAAAAGGUGAAGGGUUUACCACUCCCUCCCUUGAAUACCAUCAUAGAAUGUGAUCUUUACGACAAGGAAGAGCGAUGGAGGAAUGUGUUCGAACAAGAUAGAAGCAGCAAGAUUCGCUAUUUCUUCACAAAAUUGGAGAAGAAGACUGGGAAGAGUUCACGCUGUAAUAGAGAAACUGGGUACGGUGUGUGGAAAGGCCAGAAACAUUCAAGGGUUUAUGACAAGAAGAGGUUCAUUGGCAAGGACGGAUUGUUUACGUAUAAAGCCAAGAAAGGAACUCAAGGGAAUAAUGACAAUUGGGUUAUGCAUGAACACUCUCUCGGUGAUUCUCUGCUUGGAAACGAUUAUGUUGUUUGUCGAGUGGAGAACAAGAAUGAAGAAGGGAUAGUACUUGCAAAACACAAUCCCCAUCGCGAGUUGAGGAACAUUGAUAAUGCAGGUAUUCAUGACACCAACCCUGCAAUACCUGCAGCGGUCACAUUGGAGUCAUCGAUAGCAGUAGCUAUGGCUACAACAAUGGCAAUCUUGCACGCAAAGUGUUUGACGAUUUUCUCUUCCAAAAAUAACAGCAAAAGCAAAAGGCCAAGUCAUUCUCAAAACCCACUUCCCUUCUCUCCCUUCAAAACCAUCUCAAAAUCAACUGAUCUGCUCCGAUCAUUUGGUUUGACAUCAGAUGCAUCUGCUAGUGAAAUUUCAAUGAUUGCCGAUGAUGCCACAAUUGACGACAGAGAUCACCAUAUUUCAUGUUUUCGGAGACGAAGAUGGAAAGAAUUUGGCGGAGAAUUCCGUGUCUUUAUUCUCCCGUGUUUUCUAUUUUAG